CGGCUGGUUUUCUUGGGUCAGAGGGUACUGGAGUAUAAUGGUGUCAUACUGAGUCUUAUACAAAUAUAAUAUGUGGCUACUGGAUUAUGGAGUCCUGCAUCAGUAUUUGAGAUUAUGUAGCGAAUCACCAUAGUUAGCUAGCAGGAGCAAGUGGCGUAAAAACUCAAGGAAAGUUCCUGCUUGGACAGGAGCAGCGUGAAGGUCGGCUCUUAUCUUCCAUACAUCAUGCCUGUAGGGGAGCCCCCCGCUGCAGAGCACCGAGCUGCUGAUAUUCCAGGGAACGAAGGAAUACCCGCUAGCAGGGGGAAGGCCGCCUGCUAUCUGUGUCAGCAGCGAACACAAUGGGGCUGAGCCAAUGGAAAUGAUCUUUCUUCACUUCCUCUGCCCCCACCCACGGGGUUUCUGUGAUGCUUGGAAUGCAAGGAGGCAGCUGGAGUACUAACAUUGUGUAACUAUGGAGAGAAAUUGGGGGUGUGGCCUCCAUGAUGUCAUUCUAAGUGGUGGUACAUAUAAGGACGGACACACAGCUCAGCUGUAGAGAAGCACCUGUAGGUGAAGCUUGUCGCAGGAGCCAAAGCUGUCAGUCGUACCUUUGAAGUCGCAGAUCAAUCUGUGUUGUAAACACCGCACUGCAGAUAUUUAGAAUGGCUCUGUCCUUGGUCACAGUGCUGACUCUGGCCCUCACCAUCUGCAUGACACCAGAAGAAGGCACAGGUCUCGCCGUCCCCAGGGAGCAUGCAGUCCACGGCCAUCCCGCUCCUCACCGGGUCCGGGCCAAACGCUGCUCCUGCAGCAACUGGCUCGACAUGGAGUGCAUCUACUUCUGCCACCUGGACAUCAUCUGGGUCAACACGCCCAGUAAGACUAUUCCCUAUGGCAUGGGAAGCCCCCUGUCUCGAAGGCGCCGCUCGGCUGGCCGCUGUGAGUGUGUCGACUCUGCAGACCAGGCCUGUGCUGCCUUCUGCUACCAAAGCACUGAAGAUCCUAUCCCACUUCUGGUGAGACCAAGCCGCCGGGUGGCCAACAAUCUACUUGCACCUCGCUCUAGCCUGCUGUCCGUCCUCAGGCUGGCAGGGGUAGGGCAGAUAGAGCGGGGAGGUCGAUGAGAAGAAUGAGCAUCUGAUCAAAGAUGGAAGUGGAGCCAAAAACAAGAAGAGAGGUUGUAACUCCAGAAAGAUGCCAGCAGAUGCAGCACUAUGGAGCCAAGGAAGCAGGAGACCUCCAGGGUCACGUGAUUCCCACUCUGCGACGCUCAAGUGUAACGCAAGGCCUCACUCCUCCAGAGACAGUGACUCUCAUCGUGGGUGCUGGCUAAAAAGGCCCCCAAGCAGGGGGGAGUCUGUUAGGUGGUGUAGGCCAUCUCUGUAGCAGGAAGGCAGAGAGGACAGACAUGGCAUCAGCGGCCAUUGUGGACGUAGUGCUUUGGUGUGUGCAGUUAGCAUGCAGCAGUGAGGUUUUCACCGCGCAGUUUGGCUUUGAGGCUCUUGACCAGUGAGGGCCACUGUCAGCAGUGUGACCAGGUCAAAGAGCCGGUACCAAGAGUAUAAGUCAAUACAGCACCAUGGCAAAAGUUAGCAAAUUAUGGACUUUUAGUCUAUGAAAGAGUUUUAAUGUGUGUCAUAUGUCAAGUGGUUAUGCUACAAUGUCACUCCUGUUUGGAAAUGUUAAGAGUACGGGUGUUUGUGUGUGUGUGUGUGUGUGCGUGUACAUGUGCGUGUGUGUGCGUGUGUGUGUGCGUGUGUGGGUGGGGGGGUGUAUACAUUACAUUGUGGGGACCAAAUCCCCACAGUGUGAUAAAAACCCAUAAUUUUGACUUUGUGGGACCAUUUGUUCGGGCCCCACAAGGGAGACUCAGUUUUAUAGAAAUCUGUGACUGCAAUCAAAAAAAACUACAAAUGGCAAAAGUCUUGUAUUUUGUUUGGUUUCUUGCGAUUAUAAGGAUAGGGCUGGGUAGCAGUGAAGGCUCUCAUAGCUGGGAUUAGGGUUUCUCCCAUAGAAAAGUACGGUCAGAGCCGUGUCAGACUUAUGCGUUAUGGGUCUCCAGUAUGAAGGACAUCAUAACUUGCUUUCUGUCACAAAACACUAAAGUAAUCCCCAAAGUUUAGGUCUAACUGAAGCUGAUCUCUUGAAAAGUGCUUUUUGCCAAGGAGGUAAACGUAUAGUACAGGGCAAAUGCUAGAUUUCACAUCAAACGAAUCAAGAGAUGUGAGACGAAUGAUCUGUCAGCAUCAGAGAUCAGUAAUGAGACACGAGUGAUCACACUUUCUCCUGCACUGCAGAGCAGUUGCUUGUUAUUGUCUGUUUGUGUUUUCGGUAUGUUUGUCUUCUACCUACACUUAUUGUUACUAUUUCAUUUUGGGAACAAGUUUUCUAAUGCAUUUGUGGCCAAAUGACUAAAUUAUUCUUCAGAACACUGCCGCCCAUUCACAGGGGACAGCUUGUGGGGUAGAGAAUGCUGCUUAUUCCUGGGUUACUGUCGCUGGGUUUCUGCCCCUCCCAGGACUCGUGUCACUCUGAUGAAGCCUUCUGUGCCUGGGUCUUGCAUCCACCAAGCUAACAUAUAUGUUUAUUUAAUUACCUGAUCUCAGUGAAACAUAUUUAUUCUGUCCCUGUGUAGAAGGAAUGUAUUUAUUUUAAUAUUAAUUUUAAGCAGGAAUA